AUGGAAAAAGCUAGUCAGCCACAGCUUUCGCUGUCCAUAACAAAGAAUGAAAGUCCAGCGGAGGACAUCUCAAAUAUACAGGACGAGGACCUUCUCAAGUGGAGCAAAGAGGAUUUGGUGCGGCGGCUCCGGCGGUCUGAAGCCGAUAAAAUGAGCGUGAUACUGGACCACAGCAAUCUGAUCCGCGAGGUCAAUCGCAGCCUCCAGCUGCACUUGAACGAGAUAAGAGGGCUGAAGGACAUCAACCAGAAACUACAGGAGGACAACCGGGAGCUGAGGGACCUGUGUUGUUUCCUGGAUGACGACCGUCAGAAGGGCAAGCGGGUGUCCAGGGAGUGGCAGCGACUGGGGCGCUACAGUGCCUCCAUCAUGAGGAAGGAGGUGACAUUGUACCUUCAGAAGCUCAAGGAGCUGGAAGUGCGGCAGGACGAGGUGGUCCGGGAGAACCUGGAUCUCAAAGAACUCUGUUUGUUACUCGACGAGGAGAAAGGAGGAGGUGGUGGAGGGGUGGGGGUUGGUGGAGGAGGAGGAGGGGGGGGAGGUUGUGUGGUGGGGGUGGCAGGAGGGUGUAGGAAUUCUAUCGAUAGCCAGAGUAGUUUGUUGCUGGUCCCUGGGACAGGGUUGUUGAUGAGGGACGUGGGGGAUGGGAGUAGUACGUCUAGCGCGGGGAGCGCCGACAGCUCCGAUCACCCCCACCACAAGCUGCUCCACCUGGCUACACACGCCGGUAGCCUCGGGGGCGGUGGAACUGGGAGCCCGGAGCAUCUCCAAAAGCCCCGGGCUGGCAGUGUGAGUGGAGAACGUGAGAUCCCCUCCAGCCCUGAACCUCCUCACCCCCAGGGCAGGCACCGUAGCACCAGCCUGGAGUAUCCGUACGCCAUGCCCCAGAUCUGCCGGCCCCGCUGCGGCUCCAUCUCUGUGCCCGACCACACCCAUAGCGGCCGCUCCAUGCGGGGGCUCAGCCCCGAGAAGUACGGCCGCAACGUGGGACGCCGGAGCCCCGAGUCGCAGCACCCAUCCACCAAGCACCACCACCUCCAUGGCUCCGACCUGCUUCUCUCCCAGAAACAGCAGCACCUCCUGGGGUCGAGUCAGGGUGGCAGCGCCGGGGAGCUCUACCAGAGGCACCACAGGGGGAGCAUCGGGGGUGGUAGCUGCUGUGGAAGCCCCGAGCCCAGACAGGCACAUCUAGGGUUGGGGACGCCAGAGCACCAGCACCAUGAGAAGGGCUGUGUGAUGUCGGCCGGGGGCAGUCCAGAGACGCACAGGCACCAGUAUAGUGGGAGUCCAGACCACAUGAAGUUCGGCAGCCCUGGGAGAGAGGUACAGAAGAGACCGGCCACCGCUGAAGAGCUGUCACCGCAUCACAGGAGCAUGUACAACGGCAUGAACGGUAGGUAUUAUAAGACUGGUAUAAGACUGUUACAAGGACUGUUAUAAGGCUAGUAUAAGAAUACAGGGGUAUACAGACAGACAGACUACAGUCCCCCCAACCACAUAUACCAGGGAAGUACUGUAAUCUGAAAUUCAGGAAGUAAACUGAAAUUCCAA